CUACAGCGGAUCCUACACCCAACAUCCACGCAGAGAAUCCCACUGCCGAGUGCCGCACACGCCCCCAAAAGCUCGCCGACGCCGAGCGAGCGCUGGCACUGGCACCGCAGUCGCAGUGGCAAGGCAAAGCAAAGCACUCGUCCCAAUCGCAUAUCCCAUCCAUCCCACAAGAACAAGAUCAAACAGUUCAUCACUUUUCUCCCCUGUACGUAAAAGCGAAAAACCCUGUUUUUUUAAACCCAAAAAGCAAACCCCGCAGGUGGCCAGGGGGGCCCUAAAUUUAGCAGCAGCAGCAUCUGCUCCGCCUCCGCCACGGAGGCUACCGGAUCAGAGGGGAAGGGAGGGAGGAGGAUGGGACAGAAAUAGGCGGACGGCUGGAGAGAGAUUGGCGGAGGAGUCAAGGAGGGGCGGGCGCACGAGCCAAGGCAGGAGGCGGAGGAGGCGAGGAGCGGAGGUGGCCAGGUUAAAUGAGACAGGACUUGACGAGGAGGGGGAGGGAGCGGAGCGCGCGGCAGGUCGUCCAGAGAUGGGAGGAGGAGCUCCCCGUCGUCCCCGCCUUCUGCUCCUCUCGGCUCGCCGUCUUCUUCCCUGAGGGAUUUUUCUUGUCAGCUGUCACCCCACCUCACCCACUGGGGAAGAUCUCGUUCCCUUCGCAAGUAUCAUCUGUCUUGGGGGCAUCUCGCUCCACAAAGUUUGGGCCUUUUCUUCAGGAGGAGCCGUUAGAAGCAAGCUUGGUUUGUCUACAUUUGGUUUUAGUUAGAUUUCUCCACCUUUUUGCAUUGCCCCUGAGUCCCUGACGCCUGCAGUAAUCUUACUUAGCGUUCCGAUCAUUCAGCUCAAGAGAAGAAUGAGAAAUCCGUUCUUCUGUGGGGAGCUAUCCAUUCACCGUUAUGUGUUCCAUAAUGCGGCGGAUUGGUGAUGACAAAUGCCCUGUUUUGAUGUAAUGAUGAUUUGAUUCGUGCAGCAGAGAAUUGGCUACUUGCUUGUCCUGCUGGAAUGGAAAUGUGGAUUUAGUAGUGGUUCAUUGAUCUUUCAUCAAUGUACAAGUACAGUCCAUCUCACUAGGCCUGAUCGCUGAUUUCCCUUUAUGUUUAUUUAUGCUGUUGGAACUUGGGAUUACUCAGAAGUAAGAACAACUAAAUGGCUAAAUCAUGGUUCAGAUUACAUUCAGAUUCGGAUUUUUGCCACACCCCCGGCAAGAUAGAGUAUCUGGACCACUCUCGAAUGCUAAUCAGACACCCUGCCCAUUUCAUUCUCUGUCUUAGACACAAGGCCUUCUCAUGGCCAGAGACUUGCCUCAUCCGCCCGUAGCUAGACGGAAAAUUCUGCGUUUCAAGUUCCUGAUACCAUUUGUUCUGGUUCUUUCUGUGUCUGUUAUUGCUGUCACCCAGUACUUCCAAAGUAUCUCCUACCUUCUACGGCCACUGUGGGACACACCGCCUAAACCAUUCACCCGCAUCCCACACUACUAUGCCCCUAAUAUGUCCAUGGCCCAGCUGUGCCAACUCCAUGGCUGGGGCAUCCUCCCCGCCCCUCGCCGUGUCUUUGAUGCUGUCCUCUUCAGCAAUGAGCUGGAUAUUCUGGAAAUCCGCUACCGUGAGCUCCUUCCAUAUGUUGACCGGUUUGUCCUCCUUGAGGCCAAUUCCACCUUCACUGGAAUCCCCAAGUCACUCUCCUUUUUUGAAAACUUCAGUCGUUUUGGAUUUGCUGGAUCAAAGAUUGUCUACGACAUGCUUUCUAUUGGAGAUCUGGAUACUGGUUCUCAUCGGCAACCGUUCCAUGUUGAGGCCUAUCACCGUCGUUCACUUAAUAUGCUGAUACGAAGAUCAGGUAUUGCUGUCGGUGAUAUCCUGAUCAUGGCUGAUGCUGAUGAGAUCCCUACCCCUGAGACUGUGCAGCUGCUCAAGUGGUGUGAUGGAAUACCACCAGUCAUGCACCUUGAGAUGAAGAACUACAUGUACUCCUUUGAAUUUCCUGUGGAUGACAACAGCUGGAGAGCAACAGCACACAUGUACAAUGAGCGCACAUCGUAUCGCCAUUCCCGCCAGAGCAACUUAAUCCUGGCUGAUGCGGGCUGGCACUGCAGCUUCUGCUUCAGGGAGAUUAAGGAGUUUGUUUUCAAGAUGAAGGCAUACAGCCAUGCGGACCGAGUGAAGCAGAAAAGCUUCCUAAACCCAGACAGAAUCCAGAAGAUCAUAUGCAAUGGGGACGACCUGUUUGACAUGCUACCUGAGGAGUAUACAUUCACUGACCUCUUCAAGAAGAUGGGGCCGAUACCCAAGUCGGCAUCUGCCGUGCAUCUGCCUUCCCAUUUGAUCAAGAACGCAGACAAGUUCAAGUUCUUGCUUCCUGGUGGGUGCUUGAGAUCAGAGUAGAUCAGAGAUUAGCUCUGUUUUGUUAGUCAACAGUAUUUCUUUUAGCUGCAAUACUGUUGUUCAUGGGGGAAAUGUUUUUUUGGUUUGAUAUGAAAUAGUAUUACUUUUAGAUAGGGUGCUAGGAGCUGUUUUGGUGUGGACUUGAGGAGCUAAGGGAGUUUUCAUGUUGUAUCUGUAGCGGUGGGCUUAUCAACCCCUGAAUUUACAGCAAGUAACAUACAUGUAAAAUGGCUAUAGUAAAUUGGUACCUUUUGGUUCAUCCUGAUCUUCUUUUCCAAACAACUGUUUGUUGCCUGUAGUCACUGAUUAAACUUCAUUUCUGGUGGGUGUUGAGGAAAUGCCCUAGAUGAACUUUGUACUGAUGAUUGAUUC